AGAUACGAAAAAAAGUAUGUUUUUCUUUUUCCAGGAGUGUCCUGAGGGAGUAGUGCACGAGGACUCGUUCAAGGACAUUUAUGCGAAAUUCUUCCCGCACGGCAACUCCAGUCUCUACGCCCACUACGUGUUCAAGGCCUUCGACGUUAAUUGCAACGGGGCCAUCAGCUUCAGGGACCUCCUCGUGACACUAUCGACUUUGCUGCGGGGCAGCAUUUACGAGAAAUUGAGAUGGACUUUCAAGCUGUACGAUAUAAAUGGCGAUGGCUGCAUCACCAGGAGCGAGCUAGGUGAAGUAGUGAUGGCAGUGCACGAGCUUAUGGGUAGGCGGCAUCACGCUGAGGAAGAGAGGAAAGCGAGGGAACAGCUGGAUAGGGUCUUCAAGAAACUGGAUCUCAACCAGGAUGGUGUUAUCACAAUUGAAGAGUUUAUCGAAAGUUGUUUGAAGGACGAAGUGAUCACACGGUCAUUGGCGAUGUUCGACUGCGCACUUUGAUCUCCGGCUAAAGACGAGCCUCCAGUAGUCACCACGACGCCGCCGACGCCGCUUUCGACGACGACAUUCUCGCAAUCCCUCUCUCCAUCGCCGCCGCUACCGUCCUAUUCUCUACUACCACCUAUCCCUCCACCCCUGCCCUCACAACCACCACCCGGGUAUACCGUCCAGGAUCAGGAACUUUAUCUGCUCCUAGCCGCUCACUGGUGGAAUCAACCCGAAGCGCCGCUCUUCUGCUAAGGGGCAAUGCAAUAACAACAAACGGAGGCACGAUGCGCAAGUUGUCGUUUUUAUCCUCGCCGGCCAAGAGACUAACAGAGCUUACUGGAGGCUCAUCUGUUUUAAGAACAACAAUACAAGGAAUAUCACGAGAUCGCUGCUUCGCCAGCAUUGGGAUUUUGAUUUUACGAUGGAACGCGAUGAUUUUGCAAUAUUUCGACAAAGCCGGAUAUAUUUCGGCAAUCGUGGAACCGAUAAUUGGCAUCAAUUUCUGGCAGAAAUUAAGCGGAUUUACACAAUCUGACGUCAUUGACGGAGCGGAUUUCAGUUUAAGAUCAACUUUAUUAAUAAAUGAGAUAAGUACACUUGCUUAUUAUUGCAAUUUCCCACAGUGCAGCAUCUGAGAAGACACGUUCGGAAAGAAACGACAGAAUGGUAUCGAUCUCUAUAAGCACGAAAGUAGUUCUACAAUGCAUCAUGAGAGAGAAGAUCCUGAAGAUGAGACACUGAAAUGUCAAGCUGAUUCAUAUCAAGUCGUAAUGUCAGGAAAUUCCAAAAUGACAACCACGGUAACAUCGA